AUGGUACAGGAUGCCAUUGACUGCAUGCGCUUGGCUUUGGAAGUGUUUCUGUGUGCUUGCUCUGCCCUGUUACUGAAAGAUGUUGAAGAGUCUGCACUGAAUUCUGAAGCUGCCCAGUCAGGACUCCCAAUGUCAGCAGAGUGUCUUGUUAAGUCGGGAGAAAAGUUUGAUGUGUAUGGUGUUCAUCCAGACAAAAAGAAGCAAGGUUCUUACACUGAAUUGCCUUAUGAUAGGAGGGCAACUGGGGAACGGGAAAGAAGGUUAGGACCUGGAUACUAUGAAGUGGACACAGGAGACUUCAGUGCUAAGACUGUUGCCCAGAAAGCAUCAGGGCCAGGCUGGGCAAGGGAAUGUGAAGUGGAACGUUUUGCUCAAACACCACAGUUAUUCUACAAAGAACAAAAACUAAGACAGAAGUUCUUGGAGAUGGAUCGUGGCCCAGGAAAAUAUGAGAUCCCUCAUUUUCUUGACUUACUGGCAAAGAAGAAUGCUGGAAGCAGAGGUACUUUUGACACUGGAGAAGAACGAUUUAAAAAACAAAAAAAUAUUGUUAGCCCGGGUCCCGGCUCGUAUGGAAAAGGAGGAAUCCCAACCGCACUGCUGGAGGAGAAAGCUAGGAAGUCUGCUGGGUUACGGGGACAGAUGGAUUCAAAUAGUGCCAAGAGCCGAUCUCUUGAUGCAAUAGGCUGUGACUUGGCACCAAAUACCUACAAUCUUAGAAGUGGCUUAGACCAAUUAUUGCAACGGGUGGUCAGUAAGCGUGGCCCCUAUGAUCUCUUUACAGCUGAAAGGGGCGAUCGGAUAAAAACAGGCCACUAUGUCACGGACCCACUGAACCUCAGCCCUGGAAUGUAUAACAUCAAAUCAUUUACUGAUGACCUUCAGAAUGCAGAGAAGAAAAAUCACGGGAAAUUCAGGACAGCUAAACAGUACCCAUUUCCCCCAGUGGAGAGAAUAUAUUACAGCACAGCAAAUCUGUUUCAGCAACCAGCAGGUAACUCUGACUUUUAUGAUGUGAAGCAACUUCCCAAACCAGAAAAUCAAAAUCCACCUCCCUUUUUGUCAUCCACCAGCCAGGCUGGCCACAUACCUGUGAAAAUCCUCACCUUUAACCCUAACAAUGUCGGUGUUGGUCGCUAUGACCCCACGAAAUAUGAUCCAAGACCAGUGAAUACUUAUAAGUCAUGUUUCAAGUCCAAAACACAGCGAUCUCUGGACAACUUGGAAAGGAACAAGUACAUGGAGUAA